AUGAAGGUUACUUCGGAAGUCACCCAGGAGCUCGCUGCUCUCCUCACCGACUCAGUCCUCCUGACGCCGGACUCUCCUGACUAUGCUGCGUCGGUGAAACGAUGGUCUCAGUCCGCGGAGAAAGAGGCGGGUCUGGUGGUCAUCCCGGCCACUGAAGCCGACAUAUCGACCGCUGUCGAGUACGCCCACCUAUCCAAUAUUGACCUUGCCGUCGUCGGAGGCGGACAUGCCACCUCUGGCUCGGGAUCUACCCAGGGCGGCAUCCUGAUCGAUCUGUCUCGCAUGCGAAAGGUGACGGUGGACGAUAAGGCCAAGACUAUCACCGCCCAGGGAGGAUGUCUGUGGGAGAAUGUCGACCGCGCGGCAGGGGAACACCAUCUGGCGACGGUCGGGGGCGUGAUCAAUCACACUGGCGUGGGAGGAUUGACCCUGGGAGGAGGGUAUGGAUGGCUGAGUGGGCAGUAUGGAUUGGUGGUGGACAACCUCAUCUCGGCGCGGAUUGUCAUCGCGGAUGGACGCAUCUUGACCGUGUCGAAGGACGAACACGCGGAUCUGUUCUGGGCGAUUCGAGGCGCUGGCCACAACUUCGGGGUGGUCACGGAAUUUACCCUCCAGGCGUUUGAUCAAACCGACCAGGUCUCCGCCGGACUGGUGGUAUUUCCCCCGGACAAAUUGGAGCAGGUCAUUGAAUUCGCCAAUGGAUUGGUGGCCGACGACACCGACGGCCGAGCUGCAUUGUAUGUGUUUCUGGGCUGCCCCCCGGGACAAACCGACCCGGCCAUCACGACGGUGGUGUUCUCGACCUUGUCGGAGGAGGAGACCCAGACGCGAUUCGCCCCGUUGAUGGCCUUGGAGCCGAUCCUGAAUACCGUCACCCGGGUUCCGUAUCACGAGGUGAACGGGAUGCUCAAUCCCAUUGCGGCCCACGGUGAUCGGAAGGCCAUGAAGGGCUUCUCGUAUACACUUCCCCUCCAGCCAGGAUCCGCACGGACGUUGCUGGAAGAACUGACCUUGAUCAUCAAGAAUGACCCCGACCUGAUCCGAUCGUUUGUCGUGUUCGAAGGCAUCAAUGUCAGUCGGAUCGCCGCAGUCCCGCGCGAGGCGACGGCCUUUGCGAAUCGCGGGCACGCCCGUAACGGGGGCAUCUGGAUGUGGUGGACCGACCCGGAGAGGGACGUGGCAGCGCUGCUGAUUCGAAUCUGUAUAGCGGGUGAUCGCAGUCCGCGGGAACUAUUUGGGGAAAAUCUGCUCAGGUUGCAAAAGCUCAAGGCAGAGUAUGAUCCGGACAACGUCUUCAACAAAACUCACCCCCUUCAUGUUGGAGUCAAUGAUUAA